GCAAUGGCCUCCUGUAGAUGCAUUGUCUGGUUUCUCUGUCUCCACACCUUCUUUUGCUGCCUGCCAUUAGCCAUCAGCGAUGAAACCAAGAAUGACAGACAAGCUCUCCUUUGCUUCAAGUCCAAGCUCUCAGGUCCAAGCAGAGCUCUGGCAUCAUGGAGCAACGCGUCCUCGGACCACUGCAGCUGGCACGGGAUCACCUGCAGUGCGCUGCCUCCUCGCCGUGUCAUUGCACUCGACCUCGAAUCCGAGGGCAUCGCUGGCUCCAUAUCCGCUUGUGCCGCCAACCUCACCGCUCUUAGAAGGCUCCAACUAUCAAACAACAGCUUCCACGGCGGCAUACCGUCCGAGCUCGGCCUCCUGAGCCGACUCGCCGACCUCAACCUCAGCAUGAACAGUUUGGAAGGUAACAUCCCACCUGAACUCUCUGCAUGUUCCCGACUCCGAAUCCUUGGUUUGUGGAACAACUCCCUCCACGGAGGGAUCCCUCCUAGCCUUGGCCAAUGCAAGCGUCUUCAGGAGAUUAACCUUGGCAACAAAAAGCUCCAAGGGGGCAUCCCUUAUGCUCUUGGGAAUCUUCCUGAGCUGUGCAUGCUAGUUCUCGCUCGCAACGGGCUUACCGGCAACAUACCGCCGUCUUUGGGCAGCAGCCUUUCUCUCACAUACGUCGAUAUUGGGACGAAUGGUCUGAGAGGGGUCAUCCCAGAGUCCUUAGCAAACAGUUCAUCUCUCCAAGUACUUAGGCUCACGAGAAAUAAUCUUACUGGGGAACUCCCAGAGACUCUCUUCAACACUGCACCACUUGUUGCCAUCUGCCUCCAAACAGAACAGCCUCGUCGGUUCCAUACCUCCUUUCCGCCAUCUCUCUUCAACAUGUCGUCCCUGAUAUUUCUUGCCAUAGCAAACAACUCCCUCGUAGGACAACUACCCUUCAAUAUUGGCUACACGCUACCAAAUAUUCAGGGCUUAAUUCUCUCAACAAACAACUUUAGUGGCUCAAUCCCAGCUUCUCUUCUCAAAGCUUACCAUCUACGCAAGCUUUACUUGUACAAUAAUAGCUUUACUGGAUUCAUACCAUCCUUCAGUUCAUUGCCAAAUUUAAAGGAACUAGAUUUGUCGUACAACAAGCUAAAAGCAGGCGAUUGGGGCUUUAUCUCUUCGCUCUCAAACUGCUCCAGAUUGACUAUGCUGAUGUUGGAUGGGAACAAUCUCCAAGGGAAUUUGCCAAGUUCCAUUGGAAAUCUUUCCAAUAGUCUCCAGCAGUUUUUUCUAAGAAACAACAAAAUUUCCGGGCCUAUACCGCCAGAGAUUGGCAAUCUUGAGGGCCUCAGUUGGUUGUACAUGGAUUACAAUCUUUUCACUGGCAAAAUACCGCCAACAAUUGGGAAUUUGUAUAGCAUGGUCUAUCUAUCCUUUGCUCAAAAUUUGCUCUCGGGCGAAAUACCAGAUACUAUUGGCAACCUUGUUCAGCUGAGUUCUCUAAAACUGGAUUGGAAUAACUUUACUGGAAAGAUACCUGGAAGCAUAGGACGUUGUACUCAGCUCCAAAAUCUCAACCUUGCUCACAAUUCACUAGAUGGCAGUAUACCGAGGAACAUCUUCAAAAUUUAUUCACUCACUGGAGAGUUGGAUUUGUCACACAACUACUUCUCUGGGGGCAUGCCGGAGGAAGUUGGCAAUCUCAUUAAUCUGAACAAACUUAGCAUCUCAAAUAACAGGUUGUCUGGCAAUAUCCCAUCCACUCUCGGACAGUGUGUAGUUUUGGAGAAUCUUGAAAUGCAAAGCAACUUCUUUGUAGGAAGCAUUCCGCAGUCCUUUGUGAAGUUAGUUAGCAUCAAAUCCAUGGAUAUUUCCCGUAACAGUUUGCACGGAAAAAUCUCAGAAUUCCUAGCAACUUUGAGUUCUCUGGAAAAACUCAAUAUAUCCUUCAACAACUUUUAUGGAGAGGUUCCAAGAGGUGGUAUAUUUGACAACGCGGAUGCAGUAUCAAUCCAAGGAAAUGAUCAUUUGUGUACAAGUGUUCCAACAGGAGGCGUGUCUCUUUGUUCUCCACAGGUGGACGACAAGAAACAGAAACACAACUCAUUAGUUCUAGUCCUCAAGAUAGUAAUGCCAAUUGUUGUCACUAUAAUAAUUUUGUCCUGUAUUGCGAAAAUUUAUUGGAGGAAGAGAGUGCAAGGAAAUACACAUCUGCAAAUAGUCAACGAGCAUAUAAAGAAUAUAUCAUACGAAGACAUUGUUAGGGCAACCAAUAAGUUCUCCUCUGCAAACUUAAUUGGCUCGGGAUCAUUUGGAACGGUUUAUAAGGGCACUCUGCAGUUCAAGAAAGAUCAAGUUGCUAUCAAGGUAUUCAAUCUUGACAUCUAUGGAGCACAAAGGAGUUUCAUUGCAGAGUGUGAAGCCCUACGAAAUGUCCGCCAUCGGAAUCUUGUAAAGAUCAUCACAUCAUGCUCUUCUGUGGAUUCUACCGGGGGAGAUUUCAAGGCCCUAGUAUUCCAAUACAUGCCGAAUGGGGAUCUGGAAAUGUGGCUAAAAAAUAAAACCCUUGGACAUGGUGAAAGAAAUAUUCUGACUUUAAGCCAAAGGAUUAAUAUUAGUUUGGAUGUGGCAUUUGCUUUGGACUAUCUCCACAACCACUGUGCACCUCCGCUGAUACAUUGUGACUUGAAGCCAAGCAAUAUUCUGUUGGAUAAUGAUAUGGUUGCAUAUGUCACUGACUUUGGACUAGCAAGAUUUCUGUUCACUACAUCAAAUGAAUAUCAAGAUAGUUCAGCAAGUUUGGCCUGCCUAAAAGGAUCCAUCGGAUACAUCCCACCAGAGUAUGGCAUGAGCGAAGAGAUAUCAACCAAGGGUGAUGUCUACAGUUUCGGAGUGCUUCUGUUACAAAUGAUAACAGGGUGUGGUCCAAUUGAUGAAAAACUCAAUGAUGGUAUAAGCCUUCACGAAUUUGUUGAUGAAGCAUUUAAAAAGAAUAUGCAUGAGGUUGUCGAUCCCACAAUGCUCCAAGAUGACAGCAAUGCCGCUGACAUAAUGAAGAACUGUGUUAUACCACUGCUUAGAAUAGGCCUCUCUUGCUCUAUGACAUCACCCAAAGAGCGGCCGGAUAUGGGACAAGUUUCUACCGAGAUCCUUAGAAUCAAGCAUAUGGCCUUGCAAAUGGGUGUAUGA